UACACCAUAUCGUAUUAGGAAUGAAAAUUUGCGUUUUCCCGAGUUUCACGACUCUACUCAGACUGCCUUACGUCAAGAGAAAGCCGUGUUUACCGUAAAAAUCGCGAUAAACUAAACCGCAGGUGUUACAAGAGUGAUACAAUCAGAGCUCUGAUAUUCAGAUUGUAGAAUUAUCGAACGUGGCCUACCAGUUAAUUAAAAGGAACUAACGACGCAUACGUUGAUCGUAUCCACACAAUAAGAGGACAAAAUUUUUCCUCCCAAUUAACGCCACAUACCUAAAGUAGAGCGAUAAGCUAAUACGAUAAAUACGCGGACAAGGUGAGUAGCCAGAUCCAAUCCGAAAAAGCAGGAUGAAAGCAGUAGCCGUGAUUUUUGGAGUUGCUGCUGCCAUUCUGGCUAGUGUCACUUCCUCUCCGACGAAGAGGGACACCGAGACAACGACCAAUGAGCAAGAAUUCGAGGCGUCGCACGUAGGCCUGAUCAUAUCUCCGAUACUGUCGACUACCGAAAUUCGAGAGAUCGAGGUCUACUGGAGCCACAGCUGUAUCCGGUCCGGAGAUACAAUUGCCGUCUACACGAAGGAGCCUUCGAUCAAUGCUACGCCAAUUUACAGCUUCCAGCCAACCGCUUCCAGCGGCAUUAGGCAGACCGGAAUCGAUGCCGAAUUCGUCCCAAGUUCAAAUCUGACGUUUGAGAGACAAUGCCUAGGAUACCACGUCGCUUGGCUGCGUGAUGAUUCGAUAAUGAAGACCAACUGCUUGGAGACUCGACCAAACUGGAUGGCCGACCGGCAGGAAGCAUUGGGCUCGAAGAGAUUCCGCGACCUUUUCCUACCGGGAACUCACAAUUCAGGCUCAUACUCAAUCGUGGAAGAACCAACUUCGGAAACUCUAGUGUCCAAAUACGUCAUCUGUCAGGAUGAGGAUAUCUUGGCCCAACUGAUAUACGGGGUUCGGUACCUUGACAUCAGGGUGGGAUAUUACAGCUCCUCGGAUCCGGUCUGGUGGGUUAACCACGGACUGUUCAAGGUGGUCGAGUUGCAAAGUGUGAUCGAUGACGUUAAAACUUUCCUCGACAAUACCAAGGAAAUAGUAAUAUUUGACGUGCAAGAAUUCCCUAUUGGUUUCGGUACCAACUUGACGAUACACGCAAAGCUGGUAGCUUAUCUCGAAGAACAAUUUGCCGACUACCUUUUGCCGAAGAGUUACGGAUGGUCGACCUCGCUCGAGACCAUUUGGGCUUCCGGAAAGCGGUUGAUUAUCGGCUACGAUGAGAGUAACGUCGUUCCUCUGUACGACUCAAUUUGGCCCUGUGUCACCCAACAGUGGGGCGAUGUCAGGACCAUAUCCGAUCUUUACACAUAUCUGAGCGGAAUCGAGUCGGUCGCGCUAAGCUCUAGUGCGGUAAACCCUAGAUCAGCCAUGGCGGAGUUAACUCCAAACACUUGGGACGUUUUGCUCGACCGACUUGGAGGACUGCGCCAAAUGGCGGAUGAUGUUAAUAUGAACGUGACGAAGUGGUUUCGUCACCUUGUGUGUGGCUAUGUAGGAUCUCACCCUAAAGUCUGCUGCGACGUGUCGACGAGUCAGUCAACACCGACGUCGACGGCAUUAGGAUUACGGGGAGAGUCCCUGCCCUUCAACAAGAAUACCGGCUGCGGAAAGAGUUUGAUUCGAAGCAACAUAGAGACUCUGGGAACGUUUCCUUUCGUAGCAAGAAUCGGCUUCAUAAACGUAGACAACGGACGGAUUAAAUACCCUUGCAGCGGGGUGAUCGUGAACGAAAGGACUGUUCUUACAACUGGUACUUGUGCUCUGGCUACAUCCAACAAUUAUAAACUUCAAACUGUGGUGUUGGGAGAAUUCGAUGAGGCCGAUAACCCGGAUUGUAAUUCGCUGUUUUGUGGGCUACCAACUCAAGAGUACAACAUAUCCUACGUCGUCAAGCAUCCGGACUUUAGAUCAGAUACUUUUGAAAAUAAUAUAGCAUUGAUCCGUCUUCAAACGACAAUUGACUAUACUGUCACUGUGCAGUCAAUUUGUCUUUUGGAAAGCGAAAACUACAAUUUGGUAGGCAAGUCGCCGGUUUUAGUCGGCUGGGGUAAAAUAUCAAGCCAGAAAGAAAAAUCAACUCAACAACAAUGGUUGGAAACAAAAAUUUUGCCAACACAAGACUGUGCAACGUUCAUGAAUCGUGGUUUUUCCGUCGAACUGUGUGCCGGAAGUGUGAAAGAACCAUGUUCCGGUUUCAGCGGAAGCCCCCUGGCACUGAAAUACGGGGACACUUACACUCUGGUUGGCAUCCUGUCAUACGGAUCGGAUUGCGAAAUUAAUUCAAAUUCACCGUCUGCAUAUGUAAGCGUUGCAAAAUAUGCCGACUGGGUUCUCACCAAUUCUUAAAUAUGUUAUAUACGUAUACAUUCGGAAUAAAAAAAAGGUAAUAUGAGCCUUCCUUAUAUCCUCGAUAGAAUUUUUUUUUACAAUCUCACGAAACAGUAAGAGAAAAACGUUACUAAUAAAAUACUGUAAAAUUAUAUCAAACUGGUUUUGACCCACGUCCCAUUUUGUUCUGUUAAAUAGCUUUGAAUUUCCGGUGUCAAAGUAUACCUGACACCGAAGCUACUUGGUAAUGUAGAUGAAUUUCAAUUAACACAAGUGGCUUAUGUGAUGAAAUCACUUUCGUAAAGUGCAUCCCGCACGUUGUCCAGCAAACGAUCAAGCUGAAUUCAAGUUUCAGUAUUCGAUUAACAGUCAAAUAAAUAA